AUGUUCAGAAGAGCCCUUUCGGCCGCUCCUCGUGCUGCUGGCCAAAUGCUAUCGGCCUCUGUCAGACCCGCCACCAGACUCGCCCCUCCUCAAAUAUUGUCCUCCAUCGCAGUUGCAGGCCGACGACAAUAUCAUGAGAAGGUCCUCGAUCACUAUUCCCGACCUCGCAAUGUUGGAAGCAUGCCAAAGGCCGAUGCCGACGUAGGAACUGGUCUUGUCGGUGCGCCAGCAUGCGGAGAUGUGAUGAAGCUGCAGAUCCGGGUCGACCCCACAAAUAACACCAUUUCCGAUGUCAAAUUCAAGACUUUUGGAUGCGGAUCAGCCAUUGCAUCGUCGUCUUAUUUGACUGAGCUGGUACGGGGUAUGACUUUGGAGGAGGCUGGCCGAGUUCGCAAUACAGAGAUUGCAAAGGAGCUCUGCUUACCUCCUGUAAAGCUCCAUUGCUCCAUGCUUGCCGAAGAUGCCAUCAAGUCCGCUAUCACGAACUACUACUCCAAGAACCCAAACGCCCGCUCGACUAAUCUCGGCGGAACCGGAUCGAGCAUGCCAAAGAUUGAUGUAGAGACAGUGAUGGAGCCUACUGGAUCUCAAACCGUGACCGCGUAA